AUGCUCUGCUUCCCGUUUCUAGGUGCUGAUCAUUUGAUUGUCAGUACGUUAUUCGCACUUACACGACGUGACUUUUCCCUCCACCCCAAUGACAUCCACCGGCACAUCAUCAUCAUCGCCCUCCUAAACCUCCCCCCAGGACGUCUCUCCAAACCCCAUACAACUCCCGCACUCAACAGAACCCCAUCUAGCCCCCAAAAUGACGCCAAACGUUCGACGUCUUGCCCUCCGUCGCCGUCGUCACCACCAUCACCAACAGCAAUGCCGCCUCGUGAUACUUCCAAAGCCCGGGACGAUUAUGGGCUGGCUCUGUAUGGCCCUCCCAGGACGGAAGCCGAGGCAAUAACAUAUACUUGGGCCAUCGACCCGAGGACGGCCCCAGCGCUGACGACCGGGGCCUACAGAAUGGAGACGCCUGGUUGGUACGUGGGCUUGGACAGCCCGAUGACGUUCUUUGAAAAUACGCCCGCGCCUACUCUUGAUGAGGAACAAGCUUGGAUGUGA